CCGGACGAGACUCUGGAACGUCACUCUCGUCGACUGAAAGGUUUCGGCUUGCCGGCCGAGACUCCCAUUCCCAGGAAUCUCACCUCUACUCAAGCAAGGAAACCGUACUUCUACUUCGAGAAUGUGCGCACGAUGCCGAAUGGAUCCUGGGAUAUCAUUUCCAACUCACUUUAUGGUAUCCAACCAGAGUUUGUGUGCGCGAGCCAUUUUUCAGUUUCUCGUAGAGCAAGAGGAUACAUCCACAACCUCCCGCUCGAGAACAGGCAGCUGAUUCUCCCGAUUCCACCAAAGACCAUUCGAGAGUUCCUGCCAGCGACGGUGCAGUACACACCCGCCUGGGACACCCGGCAGCAGCUGAACUGCAUCAACACCUGCGGGAACACAGCGUCCUUCUGCCGCAACGUCCAAAGGUUGAUGGCCGCGGGCGAGCCGUCGGAGGAAGCAAAGAAGACCAUCAUGUCGCUCGUCAGGAGGUGGAACUUGGUGUGGACGGGGCCGGGGACGUGCUCGCCGCUGGAAGCACACGAGAUCGAGCAAGCGCUUGGCUACGAGCGCGGACACACGCGAGGAGCGAUCACGAUCAACGAGCGCUUCAAGUCGCUCGGCAACACAUUCCAGGUGGACGUAGUCGGCUUCCACCUCUCGGCGCUCCGUCCGCUCUUCCCCGAUGGCAUCCGGAUGCUCUCGCUCUUCUCGGGCAUCGGCGGCGCGGAGGUGGCGCUGCAUCGAGCCGGGAUCAAGCUAAAGUUCGUGGUGUCCGUGGAGUCCAACGUCGAUAACAGGAGGAUCUUGGAGAGGUGGUGGUCGACGUCGGGGCAGACUGGACAGCACCGGAUCCUCGACGACGUCCAGGACUUGACGAUGGCGGUGGUGGCUCGGCUCAUGGAGGAGAGUGGUGGAUUCGAUCUCGUCAUUGGCGGCUCUCCGUGCAACAAUCUCACCGGGAACAACAGGUCGUCGAGGACGGGAUUGGGAGGCGAGCACUCGGUGCUGUUCUUCGAGUUCUCGAGGAUUUUGAACCUGGUUAGAUCGCUCACGCGGUGAAGGUCUCUUAUUUUUCUUGUUGGAUAGGAACACUCACUGAUCGGCUUCAAAGGCCAGUUUUGUAGCAUACCAACUCGAGUUUAUACAGCGAAUUUUUUCGCGGGAAGCUUUUAAGUCGAA